AUAAAACCUCCCACAGCGCCUCCACAGCGCCCCUGCUGGCCGCCGCACCGCGCUGCAACUGUACAUGCUCACCUGACUGCAGUUGGACUUGGUGUCGCCGUUCAGAACAUCCGUCCAGCGGAUCGGAUCAGCAGGAUGGGACGAGGCCCGACGGACUGACGUGAGUCCAGCAGAUAUCUGCGAAUUGUCCGCUCUCCACGGAAAUGCUCGCUGAUACCUGGUUCCCAUGACAACAGACUGAUGACUUUCAGUUCCUGCCCUGCUGAAGCAGGAUGUAAAAGUCGUGGCGGUGAGAUGACCCUGCUGUUUUUAUUGGCUUGUUUUGUUCCCAACAUGAAGAGUUCGCCGUUCUUCUCACGGAGCCGAUAACAGAGCAGCAGAACAAACUAAGAGAAAAUAAAGCAGGAAGCUGAAGAGGAACUAACAGAAGUUCAGGCUGAAGCUGUUCCUGGUCUCAACCUGAGAGACGACAGAAACAUCUGGAAUCCUGAUCAGCACUAAAACACAUCACACAGGAAACAUGUUCCACACAGACUGAGAGUCUGACUGCAAAUCGGCCAGACCACUGCCGACCCGAUCGACCACUGCCGACCCGAUCGACCACUGCAGGCCCGAUCGAUCGAUCACUACAGACCCGAUUGUCUCUGAUCAACGUUAGAUUUUAUUCAGAGGUUAGAAUCAGCUGACCCGGUUCGGUCCAAUCAGAUCCUGGAACGCAGCAGCUGUGUCCUGCCUGUUUCCAUGGAGACAGUUUACCAUAAACUGAGAGGAAGUGUUGUUUGCUGUGAGGCGUUCGCUGACCUCCUCGGAGCGCGGGGCGUUCAGAGUAAUCAAACAAUGAUGAAGAGCUUCCUGUUUACUCUUCAUCUCUCUGCAGGUUCUGAGUCAGGCUCUGCUUUGGUUCUGGCCGGAUCGGGUCAGACAGCGGUGUGGCUCAGAGCUGCUCCUUCAGGGACAGUGGGUCAGAACCAGAACUCAUCUACUUCCUAAGUCACAAACAUGAGAUCCAUCUUUCAUGUGAUAACAUUGUUGUUUUCCGAACGGUUCCGGUCCAGAACCUCCGGGUCCAACCGGAGCCUGGUCAGGGACAGAACCAUGAUUAGAAGUCCAGAAAUAACCUGGUUCUGAUUAAACUGGACUCUGAUUCCUGGAACGGGUCGGAGCGGGUUCAGCAGCUGGUCACCAGCAGCCGUUUCCUGGCCCGGUUUUGGUUCUACUGGACUGUGAAGCUGAAGGCGGCCCAGUAAAGGGUGCUGGUGUUCCGGUGUUCCGGUCCGGUCCGGGUCUGCAGAGAGAGAUCUGAUGCAGCAGGAACCAGCUGGCUGAUGGAGGGGGGUAAUGACUUCCAGCUGCCUGGAGCCGAGUGGGGGACGUUUGAUUUCUGCACAGGCACGACCCCACCUGAACGCUGCAGUCAGAUCUCCUGACCCGGUUCUGAGGUUCUGUGAGUCCGGAGCAGCAGGAAGCAGGAACCAGCAGCAGCUCCAGCCGGACCGUUUGGACCGGUUCUGCUCAAAGAGAAUCAUCUGUCACGCUGAACCCGAGGACUGACACAGACUGGGUCACUUUGGUUUCACGGUGGUUUGGGUUUCUUGUGGUUCUGAACGAUCUGGAUCUGUUGAUUCUGUGUUCCAUUGGGGGCAGAUCAUUUUGGGUUUUCUGUUUGUUUUCCUUCUCGUCUCUCUGGUUCUGCUUGUUUUCAUCAGUUUUCCUCUGUGUUGCUCUUCCUCCUUCCAGGAUUUGUUGGUGAUUUAUUGGACCCGGUCUGUGGUUCUGCUCGGCCCGGCUGCGCUCUGACUCUGUACGUCCUGAGCCCGGUUCGGUGUCGUCGUGGUGUUAAUUUGGUCUUGGUGGUUUUGGGUUUCUGCUGUUUGCUUUCAGGGCGGGGCUGAGGUUUGGACCGGAGGAAACAUCCAGAACAUUUUCCUGACCCGACCCGUUUCACCCUGAGGAUGAUGAAACUCAGCUGCGUUCAGAGCGCCUCUGCAGCUCGGACGUUUCUCCACCUGAAGCUCCGCCUCCACCGCGGCGGCGCAGGAGAACCCAAAUAAACAGGCAGCAGCUGAGUGGAAACAGCCGGCCGGGCCAGGUAACCUGAACUGGACCGCCGUCCUGGAACCAAUGCAGGGCAACUGGGAACACUGGGAACCACCAUGACGCCCCGAAACAAACUGAGGAGAAAAGAAAUAAAAACUAAUGUUUGGAGAAGUUUAGAACACCUGGAAAGCUUUAUGAACACCUGAACGUCACCUGACACCAGAAACGUAGUUUGUGAUUUGUUGAUUCUGAUGUACCUUCGGCAGCUCACCGAACCGGGCCAAAGCGGGUCGAAGGCGGGAUAGGAGUGGGUCGGACAGGGAGCGGUUCUCCGCUGUGGAUCUGGACUCUGUUUGGAUCAGAACCGGAUCAUGAAUCGUUAGAACUGACUUCUCGGAACUUUAUCUGCCGUCUCCAUGGAGAUGAGAGAUUUUCCCGCCAUCUAAGCAGUUGAUCACGUGCUGAUCAGGGAUCGAUAGCCUCAUUGAUCGUAUUGAUCGGGAUGGGCGCGCUCCCGUUGCUUUUGCUCGUGCUCUGGAUUUGCGAGCACGCCAGGAGCACGUUCCCGAUGCGCGCCUCCUACAGCCUGUACUCCGGCGGGCACGCGCACGCGCACGGAACCCGCGCGGCCAGCAGACACAGGAACUGGUGCGCGUUCGUCCUCACGAAGACGGUGAGCUGCGUGGUGGAGGACGGCGUGGAGACCUAUGUGAAGCCCGACUAUCACCCAUGCAGCUGGGGCAGCACCCAGUGCAGCCGGGUCGUGGUCUACCGGACCUACAUGAGGCCCCGUUACAAAGUGGCCUACAAAACCGUGACAGAGAUGGAGUGGAAGUGUUGCUAUGGUUACAGCGGAGAGGACUGCAGCGUCGGUCCGGCUGGCGGAGCAGGAAGUCACUCGUCCAAUGGAGCGGGGACAGGAAAUGGUUCUGGAACCGGACAAAAUGGAGGACGACAGGACCGGGAGGAAAUCAGGAAGUUGGAGGAAAAGAUCCAGAGGUUGACGGAGAAGCUGCAGGAUUUCCAGUCCACCAUGAAUGAACACCUCCACCAUGAACUUGUCAGACCCGGAAAGAACCCAGCAGACGCUGCGCCGCCCGAAAUCAAAGAGACGAUCCACAGCAUUCAGACCAAACUGGACCAGCUGGACAACCGAACCAAGGCUCAUGAUAAAACUCUGGUGAGCAUUAACAACCACCUGGUGAACGGGAAGGGCAACGAUCUGGACGGAGACGUUUCCCCUGGAGGACUGAGUGGAGAGCAGCUGAGCUCCCUGAAGGAGAGCGUCCUGAAGGAGCUGGAGCGCCGAGUGCUGCUGUCCUGCUCCUCCUGUCAGGCCGGCGUGGAGGACCUGCGGCGCCAGCAGCAACAGGACCAGGAGAGAAUCCGCGCUCUGGAGAAGCAGCUGAAUGACGCCGACGUUCGCCACCGACAGGACGCCGAAAGGCUUCGACUGGAGCUCCAGCGCUCCCAGAGAUGCUGCAGCUCCAUCGACGACCUGCAAAACCGCAUGAGCGACGCAGAAAACAAGAUCAGCUCGGCCUCAGAGAGCUUCAACGUCCUACUGGACCGCCUGAGGCCCGGCAGCGACGGUGGAGAAUCCCAGGGAGGGGGAGGAGCCAUCGGAGGAGGAGGAGCUACAGGCGGGGCAAUUGGAGGAGGCAAUGGUUUGACCGAUGUUCGGUUGAAUCUCCUGAAGGACUUGGAGCUCCGCAUCAACAGCAGCGUUCUGCAGGCCUGCUCUCACCUGGAGGCCGACCUGAGGGAGUUUGUCCAGAGAGAGCUGGACGACCUGCGGACGGCGUUCUCACACCGCUUCGACGACCGCACCUUCAGGAUCGAAGACGUGGAGCUGGAGGUGGAGCAGCUGCAGAGCAACCUGCUGGAGCAGGACAGGAGACUGUCGGUGCUGGAGAACCAAACGGCCGAGACGAGGAAGAGGCUGGAGGAGUGCCACUGCACAGGUGGGGGAGGGGCUUCUGGAGCAGGUGGAGGUAAAGGAGAAGAAAGAGGCGGAGACACUGUGGAAGGUUUCACAGGAUCCGGUGGGGGUGGAGCAGGAAGCGCUGGAACAGGUGGAGGUUUAUCUGGCGGGAGAGAAAACACGACCAAGAAAUCUCUGGAGUGGAGAGUUGUGGCCAACGAGGGUCAGAUUCGACACUUCAACACUCGACUGAAGGACCUGUCGGUGUCUGGAGACUCUCUGCAUGACCGGGUUCUGGACCUGAGCCACGACGUUCGGGCGAUCAAGUCGCUGACCGGUGACAACGGUGAGAACUUCAACCGCAUCGUGAUGGAGGUGGAGAUGCUGGGUCAGGACUGUGAGCUGUGCAGCCGCGUGGAGGCGGACCUGCAGAACCUCCAGAACCGGUCCCAGGACCUGAGCGCCAUGCAGGAGGCGCUGCAGAACCUGGAGAACCGCGUCGGCUCCAUCCAGACCCGGCUGGACUCGGAGGGCGGCGGCUGCAGCCGGGUUUGCUCGCCGCUGCAGGACGACGUCCGCUCGCUGCGAGACGAGGUCCGGAGAUGCUCGGAGCGCUGUGGGACCGGGACCGGGUCCUUCACAGCAGGUAACGGUUCCACCGGAGUUCCUGCUGCCGGAGGCUUCGGGCCGGGCCUGGACGCAGAGAAGCCUUUAGAUGGCCACAGCGUGAUCGGAGGAUCCUUCAACAGCAACCAGCUGAAGACGCUGCAGGGCGAGCUCAGCGACAUCAUCUUCACCUUCGGCUCCAUCAACGACACGCUGAAGGGCCUGGAGCACAGCGUGCAGAAACACGGCAGCGUCAUCACCGACCUGGGAAACACCAAGGACAAGAUCAUCUCUGAGCUGGACAAGAUUCAGCAGGAAGUGACAGAGCACGUCCAGAGGAGCCAGGAGCGGCUGGACCGGACAGACCAGGACGUCCGCCGCCUCGAGAGCAUGCUGGUGGCAGAGACGGGCGACUGCCGGCGCUCCGGAGACGGGCUGGAGAAGAGGCUGUCCAAGCUGGAGGGAGUCUGCGCCAGGCUGGACGGCGUCUCCGACUCCAUCUCCAAGGUCAAAGAAGGCCUGAAUCACCACAUGUCGGGUUUGUGGAGCCACGUUUCCGGCCUGAACCAGUCCCUCAUCCAACAUGGAGGAAUCCUGGACGCUGUUCAGAAGAACCAGGAGCGGGUCCAGAGCAGGGUGAAGAGCCUGAACUCCAGCCUGGUCCAGGUCCACAAGGAGCUGCAGUCUGGGCAGACUGGCCUUCCAGGGCCUCCAGGAGAGAAAGGCCUGAUGGGGCUGCCGGGCCCCCGGGGGCCCCCCGGACCUCCUGGGCUGAAAGGAGACGCUGGCUCCCGAGGAUUUCCAGGUCCUAAAGGUGAACCAGGUCUUCCAGGUGUGGACACUCACAGACCCAGGAUGUCGUUCUCUGCAGGCCUCACCGCCCUGAAGGAAACGCCGGGAACCGUCGUCUUUAACAAGGUCUUCGUCAACGAGGGCAACUUCUACAACCCGGCGACAGGUGUUUUCACCGCCCCGGUGGACGGACACUACUACUUCAGCGCCGUCCUGACAGGUCACAAGAAUGAGAAGAUCGAAGCGGUUCUGGCCAAGUCCAACUACAGCGUGGCCCGGGUGGACUCGGGCGGGUACCAGCCCGAAGACCUGGAGGCAAAGCCGGUGGCCGAGUCAAAGGUCAGCAGCGGCUCGCUGGCCGUGUUCAGCCUGGUGCUGCCGCUGCAGCGCGGCGACACGGUGUGUGUGGACCUGGUGAGGGGGAGGCUGCCCCACUCCGUGGAGCCGCUCACCGUCUUCAACGGCAUGCUGCUGUAUGAAAACUUAUGAGCCUGGUGAGUCAGAGACCAGCCAGAGCCGCCUGAUCCGACCUGCUCAGCUCUCUGAUGAGGCCGAAAUAUUUCCCAUGAUCCUCCCUGCUCGACUCAGCAGGAGGGAUUUUAAAUCCGCCUGUGUUCUGUCCAAUCAGCAGAGACCUUACCUGGUCACAUGACCCAAACUCCUCUGGAGCCAGAACAUUAUAGUAAUGUUCUGCAUUAAUAUCCUGAUGUUUGUCCAGAAGGUGGCGAUGCGGAGCCGGACAUGGACUGAGGAUCUGAUUUAUGUCUGAUAAAAUGUUUGGAUGUUUUAUGGAAUAUUGUUGAUGCACUGCUGCGUUCAGUCAGUUCACCUCUUCCGACCUCUAACCCACGCCAUUACUGUGUCAACCAUUAAGGCCACGCCCCUACAACGCCACACAGCAACACCCAGCUUAUUAACGCUGACAAAAGCAAACCUUAGUGGUGGACACCGCUAGCUAAAAGGUUAGCAGCGCUAACCCUAAAACACUAACCAUAAACGUUAGUUAUGCUAACGCUACACCAACAUGAUAGUUGGUGGAAACUAAUGCUAAGCACUAAAUUCAACCCUAACCGCAUCCACCAUGUGUCAAUGACACUGCCUUCUUGCUCAGUAAAGUUUCUUUAAAAUAAAAAGAAAAUGUGAGGAGAGGAAACUGGGCUGCAGCUUUCAAAAUAAGAGCAUGAGUAUAAGCAUCUAACCUACCAGAAGAAUUCAGAAGAGCCGACAACCAAAACUUCAACUCAAAUGUCAAACUUUAUUCAAGUAAAUCAGGUCUAUAGAUUUUAUAUGAAAAAAAAUAUUUAGAGGAAGCUAAGCCCUUUCAAAGUUAGCAAAAAAGCUAAAGCACUGUACAAAAAAUUAACUAUUAGUGCAUUAGCAGGUUAGCAUAAGUGUGCCCACUGCUGAUCAUAAAUAUAAGAAAAUGCAAAACCAUUUCAGGUCUGUUGUUCCUGCCCACUGAUCUUCAUUUAACCCGACCAGAACCAGAGGUUUGGGUCCCUGGGUUUCGUUAAAAAUGGCCACCAGGUUGUGCUGUGUCAGGACGGGAUAUCUGAUAAAAAAAUCACAGUCUUGUUUUGUUUUUAUGACAUAUUGAGAAAGUCACUGAAUAAAAUAACAAUACUCUGUGAGCGCCCCCAAGUGGUCAGGUGAAUAUUAGCCAGGACCUGCUACCAGUUUCACUUUUAGUUUAAAGCAUCCAGCAAGCUGAGGUGAGUGAUGCAUCAUUCUAACUAAAAUUAUCACUGGCUUAUUGCUGCAGUGUUUGCCUAACAGCUUUACUGCACAUGUGUAGUAAACAUGGUGUGUGUCAGGUUAGCAUGAGCAGCAGCUAAGGGAAACUACAGUCUUCUGGUGGAAAGUGUUUGUUUUAUUCCUCUGACUCCGUCCACAAUGGCAACAUCAACUUCAUGGACUGUGGAGAACUUCACUGGAGGCUCGACAUGUCGGAUAACACUCCAGACUCAUGCUUUACCUUCUAGAUAAUAAUGCUAACGUGCUACAUCAACACAGAGUUUAGCAGAAGCUAAUGCUCUAUAUCAACACAGAGUUUAGCAGAAGCUAAUGCUAAUGUGCUAUAUCAACACAGAGUUUAGCAGAAGUUAACACUCUAUAUCAACACAAAGUUUAGCAGAAGCUAAUGCUAACUUGCUUUAUCAACCCAGUUUAGCUUAAGCUAAUGCUAACGUGCUAUAUCAACACAGAGUUUAGCAGAAGCUAAUGCUAACUUGCUUUAUCAACCCAGUUUAGCUGAAGCUAAUGCUAAUGCUCUAUAUCAAACACAGAGUUUAGCAGAAGCUAAUGCUAAUGUGCUAUAUCAACACAGAGUUUAGCAGAAACUUAUGCUAAACUGCUAAAUUCAACCAUGUUGAUACCAAGUGGCAAUGAUAAUGCUAAACAUUAGCUAAAACGCUAAGCAAAUUAGCAUAUUAGCAGAGGUGUGGCCACCAGAGUUCAGCAAUGUUCUGGAGAUGUUAUGAAGACAAAUAAAGUGCUUAUGAUCCGGGACCGGACCGGACCAGGCAGACAAAGCAACCAUGAGAAAGACCACAGGAAGUCUUCAUCACCGGCGAAGAAUUAAGAGACUGCUCAAAGUUUCUCCGUAUACGGUGUUCCCCACGCCCAGGUUUCUUCUGGUUAGCAGAAGAUGAGUAAAUGCAGAGAGAAAUUUUCUUCUCCAGCCCGUCGCUAUGUGGAAAAGUAAUCACACCCCUAGAUAAAUCCUGAAUCCGACGGGAUUAACCGUCAAUCAAUCAUAAACCUGACUGGUUCCUGCUGGAAAACCCUCCAGUGUGUCUGAAUUAAAUCAAUUCAGUGAAGCAGGUGGGGUCAAAGUUCACCCUCAGUAGUGCUGCAGCAGCAGGAGGAACAACCAGGCGUCAGGUUGGGGUGAAUACUUUCUCACAGUAACUAAAUCACUGCAGCUUCUGCUUAGGUUUUAAAUGUCAUUUGUAAUCUAAAUCUUUAAAUAAUUAGAUAAAUAUGGAAGAACGAAGCCGGAAUAUAAUAAAAACCAGAAAUAUGUCAUCAUUUCAGUCCAGUCAGAUCAGGUGAUUUAACAUGCAGGACAGUUCAGUUUAUUGUUCCAGCUGAUGGUUUUUCUACCUGAGGAAUCCAAGCAUAUGGCGACAGUGGAGAGGAAAAUCGGAGGAAAUGUUCCAGUAUAACUUCCUAUAAUGAAUAUAAAGUCUUAUAUUUUAAUAACUUGUGAACUUAUAGUUUACUCAACACAGCAUAGUUUUAACUAUUAUUAAAUGUUAAAUGGCUUUCCAUAAAGUAUUAAAACAUUGACCUGCUGCCUGACGUAGAGCUGCAGUGGCUAGAUGAGCAGCUUUCUGCUGGUGGGACAGACGUGAAGCAUGUAGAGAUGUUUAAGCUGUGACCGGAUGAUGAAGACAUAUCAUCAUCAUCAUCAUCACGAACUGUUGAUGCUUCCUGAACAUGAAGGACAGUUUUUCACGACUCGGCUGGAAGUGAUGUUUGCUGUCUGGAGAAAUGUUGUGAAGAUGUUUGGCCUUCAUAUUUAAAAACAUCUUGACGCUCUGAUGUAGAAUUGGACCUGAAGCAACACCAGUUUCUUCACUCAGGAUUGUACAGUUGAACAUGUUCUGUGUUCAUUUCUGGCUUCUGUAGCAACAAAUCUGUAAAGCUAAAAUGUUUCUGACAGAUGUUGUUAAAAGCUUCAUUAAAUCUAUGAUUAACUGUU